AUGUCCCUCAACGACAUCCACGGCCGCCUAGCCCUAAUCACCGGUGCCUCGGGAGGCAUCGGCGCCGCCUGCACCCACCAACUCGCCCAACACGGCGUCCACCUGGCCCUGACCUACUCGACCAACUUGGCCUCUAUCGAAUCUCUCCGCACAGAUGUGCACACGCAGCACCCCACCCUCCGCAUCUCCAUCCACAAAGUCGACCUCAGCUCCGCCCCACAAAUCAACACCCUAUUCGAAGAAAUCGACGCCCAGCACGGCCAACGCCCGGAUAUUCUCAUCUCCAACGCGGGCUACGGCAAACGCAUCCCGAAUAUCUGGGAUAUCUCCCUCGAGGAUUUUGACGAAAUGAUCACGAUUAAUCUCCGCGCGUCGUUUAUCCUAGUCAAGGGGGUAGUCGAACAUAUGAAAGAUCAGCGAUGGGGACGGAUUGUCUUCAUGUCCUCCAUUGCAGCCCAGGGAGGUGGGAUUAAUGGGUGUCACUACGCAGCCUCCAAAGGCGGCCUGACCGGGAUGAUGAAGAAUCUGUCGACCCGACUCGCCCCCUACAACAUCAGCGUGAAUGAUGUCGCGCCUGCGAUGAUCGGGGAUACGGGGAUGAUUCCAGGUGCCGCGGCGAUCCCGGAAGUCAUGGCGGGGAUCCCGUUGCAGCGGUUGGGAACGCCCGAGGAGACGGCCAAUGUGGUGACUAUGUUGGUGAAGACGGGGUAUAUGACGGGGCAGAGUUUGUUGUUGGCGGGGGGGUUGAAGUAAUACCUUGUUUUAUACCAUGCGAUUUGGGGUCGCUGCAGUGGGCUAGAGAAGAUUAUCUAGAGCUAAGAGAAAAAGUCC